CCAAAACUCCACCCUUCAGCUGCCUUCCACGUCGGACUAACAUACCACUUUGAAGCCCUCACUUCCCUCUUUCAAACCCACCCAAGCUUUGACCAUAAUUCCAAUCGAUUUGGCUGAAAAUUGAAGCCAAAAUAGGCUGACCAAAACAUAUUUAAAUAACAAAUUCAAUAAUUUUUUUCCACCAACCCCAUCUCGCCUACAAAACCCCGUAUUAGAGAAAUCCAUGUGCUAACCCCAUCUCGCCUACAACCACCACCCCAUGGGAGAGAAAUUGCUUGGGAAACGAGUAGCCACAAACAUGAAAUCUAUCAAUGGCCAGUAGUACUGAAAGUGAAAAUUUCACCACCAUGAGUAGAGAAUUCAAUGCUCUAGUUCUCGUCGAAUCCUCAAUCGGAAACAGCAAUAGCCGCUCGGAAAACGACGUUCCCAUGGUGGCGAAUAGUGGGAACAACUUGGGGAGGAUCCGAGAGGAAGUGCCGGAGGAAACCAAUCCUUUGGCUAUUGUGCCUGAUAAUAAUCCUCUCAAUAUUCCCGUCCUCAUGCAAUCACCACAAGCCUAUUUUGGCUUCAAUUUUUAGCCAAAUCAAUUGGAGUUAUUGUCGGAGCUUGGGUGGAUUUCGAAGAGAGAAGUGAGGGUUUCAAGGUGGUAUGUUGGUCCGUGCCCAAGGUGGUCGGAGGGUGGAGUUUUGGUGGUGGAGGAAGAGGGAGAUGAGAGAAGAAAGAGAUUAUUUUUUAAUUUUUAUAAUUUAUUGGACUGAUUUAUAUUUUUAUCAAAGCGUC